CUAUGUUUGCCAUUCUCAUUUUCCACUGACAUGCAAAUUGGUUACAAACUUUUAUGAUGCCUCAAAUAGCUAAAAAACCAAAUGAAUCCACAAUAAGAGUGCCCUUUGAGACGCCACGCCUGGCCGAGAUCGCCUACCGAGUGCUGAACGUGGACCAGGAGCCGCGCCGCAACUUCGUGCAGAAAACGUUGAGCCUGGACGGCGAUGUCCUGGUGGUCCACUUCCAGGCCGACCAAGUGAAGAGCCUGCGCACCGCCAUCACCUCCUUCUUCGAGAGCCUGCUGCUCUGCCAGGACACCAUCAAGCAGUUUGGGGACUCCGCAGAGGACAAGCCCAUCCCCGACAGCACCGAGGAGGAUGCCGGAGCACAGUCCGGCUCCGACUCCGCAUAG